CCGGUGCAAUGGGAAAAGACGAGGGUGACGUUUGGAUAGCAAAGACACCUCCUGCCAGGGCUGAGCCAAAUCGAACAAGGGCGAGGACUAGGAGGCCAAAUCCACUUUCCGAAUCCGCCAGCAAUUUGCGACAAGAAGAUUACUACCCUGGUCGGUACUGGCUUCGCUCAACUUCAAGGAGAAUGAUCGAGGGCUUGGAAACAGCAAAAGCUCAUCCUAAUGGCAGGGAUGAGCAGUCCAGAUUCUAUGACAAUAGAUGUUUAUACAAGAAGCUGGUAGAUCAUAGAAAAUAUGGGCCUAGAGUGUUAGGUGAAGCAAACAUAAAGAGGAUGCUGGAAUCAGUCACACAUGAUUAUUCACCAUCCAAGAGAAAACUAUGCAUGGAUGUGGAAACUGCAUUUGAACCAAUUCAACAAUCUACUGCAAAAUCAUGCAAGCGAUCAUUGGAUUUUACUCUGGAGAACCUGGAAGGAGAAGAUCAGACAACACCUUUCAAUGAAAAUAGGAGUGGCUAUGAUACCAAGUCUCUUCAAGUGUAUAAGAGGAGAAGGCGAAAAGUUACUGCAUGCUAUUUGCAGUCUGUCGUGAACAAAAAAGACGGUUCACGGGACAUGCAACCAGAAGAACUGAUUGAUUUUGCUGUCCAGAGGGCCGAAUAUCCAGAAAUGUCCAAUGGAUGUGCCGAACUGGGUGCAAAUGAAAGCACUCCAAAUAUGAAAGAUCACUUGAAAGUUAAACUCGAAAUUAGAGAGAGAUGGUUGCAACAAGAAAGGAAACUACUUCGACCACGGGUAGAAUCAUUUAUUGCCCAGAUGCGGCGAGUUCAAGGAGACAGGCGUUAUUUACCAUGGAAGGGUUCGGUGGUAGAUUCAGUAGUUGGAGCUUUCCUGACUCAAAAUGUUUGUCAAGGUGAACUCAUGUUUCUUGGUCAAGAAUUGUCUCUUCAUGUUCAUUCGAUAAGCAACACCUUUAUUACAAAUUACGUGGUAAUAGAAUAUAGGAAACUAGUGAUCUUGUUUUCUUACAGCUCUGCCUUCAUGUCCCUUGCUGCCAAAUAUCCCCGUAGAAUAGUGGACAAAAACAAGUCACCACAGAAAAACUUUACUUUUCAACUAGUAAAGCCUUGAAGGGAACCCAGGCCUCCUCUGCUGUCAACCUGGAUUAUGUAGAGUGGAAUAAAGUUAGAUCUGUGAGUGUUAGAGAGAUAUCUAAAGUCAUCAAAGAAAGAGGGAUGAACAACAAACUUGCUCAAUGG